UCUCUUUAAUCUGAGUAACCACUUUCUGUCAAAAGCCAAGAUCGUUUUACUGUUGCAAUGACUUUAAACGGUUGUUAAUCCACACAUUUUUUGUUCAUCAUUUGUCUGCGGCUCUCUACCUUCGCAGCGAUGUUGAAAGAAGACGAAAUCUCUGCUGAUGGGCUGAUCCGAUCGCUUUCAAUAAACGACCUACCCGAAGAGAUUUUGGAACAAAUAAUUCAGAAUUUGUCUCCCUACCACGACCUAAAGGCGGCCAGAGAGGUGUGCAAACAAUGGCAUCGCUUGGUGGAAGGAGUGAUGCGCCAGAUGCAACAGUCAUUUAACAAAGCUGUGCGUGAGGCAUCCGUUGUUUGGCAGCCACUGAGACAAGAUGGGGGACCAACGAUUGCGGAGAGGUAUUCACACUGUGCCUGUUACACAGACAAGUCCAUGUACGUGUUUGGAGGUUGCACUUCCACAAGUACAACCUUUAAUGAUCUAUGGCGUGUGGAUCUAUCAAGCAGACAGUGGAUCAGGCCAUUAGCGAUGGGAACAUAUCCCUCCCCCAAGGCCUGUGCCUCAAUGGUUGUUUACAAGGAUGAGCUGGUGUUAUUUGGGGGCUGGAAUCACCCCUCCCCGUACCCUCUGCAUCAGGCACCACGCUUCUUUAAUGAGCUGCACACAUACUCGUUAGUGACAAACCGCUGGUCCCACCUCUUCCCUCAAACCAGUCCUCGGCCGUGCGCUGGCCACUCCGCCUGUGUCGUUCAGGACAAGAUGGUUGUGUUUGGAGGAUGUCACAGUCCUGGGCUUGGAUGUAACGACACCUGGGUCUAUGAUUUUGUGCAGAAGAACUGGGAGAAGCAGAACACAACUUUACCUCAGCCUGUUCCUCGUUAUGGCCAAUCUCAGCUGACCAUAGACGAGAGCCAUAUCCUGAUAAUAGGUGGAUGUGGAGGCCCUAACCAAAUCUUCAAUGAUCUCUGGCUGUUAAGUUUGACAGGCAGCAUGUGGACGUGGUCAGAGGUGACGGUCAAUUGUCCAGCCAACUCACCGUCUCAGCUGUGGUCGCACCCAGCAUGUAAGGUAGGAGACUGUGCUGUGGUGCUGAGCCGAACAAAUAAGGUGAUAAAAUCUCCGUCACAGGAUGAGCGCCAGGGACCAACAGAACACCAUGUCCCUGCUCCUCAGGCCCCAGUUAAUGCGAGAUCCCCAAGGGUCAGGGUAGAAAGAGUGUGGAUCCCUCCACGAGAAGAAAAUCUACCCCUCCCAGACCCUCAGGGUGACCCCAGUGACGGUGUCUCACAUGACCUUGAAAGGAAUACUAGUGACCUUGACCUACAUCUGAACACAGCAGAUCCAGGCUCUCCAGGUGGCCCGAGAGGUUGUGAAGGGAAUAAUGAUUGGUCUCAUUCCCACCAGGGAGCAGGAAGCAAUGGCAGCCUGGGCGUGGGUAGCAAACGCAAACUGUCCGCAAGUGUGGCAUCUACCUAUGCUAACAGUCAGGACAGCUCCAGCGAUGAGGGCACUGGCAGCCUCAGAGUCCCACUCAGUCGAAACCUUCGACACUGCCAAUCUAAAACCACCUCCAGAUUUGCGUUUACAGGCAGUAGUUCUCUGUCUGACAACCCAACUCCUGGCACGUCUAGUCAGCACGAUAAUGAUCAGGUUCCUAGCUCACACAGAGGCCACACACAUUCUCCCACAACAGAGACUUCUCGUCAGCAGGUCCGUCGUUUCUGCGGGCUCUCCCUUGAUUCUUCCCCCAGUUCCUCUGGUCUGCCUGGCAUUCGCCCAGGGCUCCCGUCAGUGAGACCAAACGCCAUGAAGAAUCGGUCAAAACAGCUUGAUGCACUGCGGCGCCAUGCUGACCGCAUUAAACAGCACCUGGCAUCAGCGUCUGAUCAAGGCCGCAGCAGAGACAUGGGCCUGGACGCCCUAAACCAGCAUGUGCCUCACAAUCUGGGGCGUGCUGCGUUUGGGCGGCGAGAAGUCAGCCCCCCUAGUCCUGUCACAAAGGACCCUAAAAGUCCCAUGUUUGUUCACGUCCUGGACUUGUCGCGCGUAGUUUGUCACGGCGAGGCCACCUGGCAGCAGACCAAUGAGCGCAUUCUCUGCCAUGCUCCAGAAGAGACAGUGUUUUACUCACUGGCGGCAGGACGCGGCGAACUGCUCAUGUUUGGUGGCAUCCAGAAGGACUUGAGUUCCAUGCAGAUUGGGGCGGACAUUGACUCCCAUGUGGUUAGUAAUGAUCUGUAUGUGAUAUCCAUGCCCAAACCCUCCAUCACAUAAAAAAGUAGAGUCAUGUCUGAGUUAUGAUCUCUGUGUAAUACAUCGUCCUCUUAUUUAGGGGAACCUGUUUUGCCUCAAGGUUAUGAUAAAGACACAAGAAUAGAUGUACGCGCACAGUGUAGCAUUUAUUACCCUGCUUCAUAUGUUAAUAAUGGUGAUAGCUCUGUUUAGAAACUAUUGGUUGUUUUUACUUUCAUGACAACUGGCAGGUAAGAUACUUUAGGUACUGUAUUACAUUUACUGAUUUAAUGGUGGAAGAAAUCAGAUUCUCCUACAUAAACCAGUGCCCGGUACAUGUUCCAGAUACAUCAGCUUAAGCCAGGUGGCUGCCAGACCAUUGAAUACUAGUCUACAUCCUAGUUGGCCAGAGGCUGCUUUGCUGCAGUCAAUUGAUUUCAUUUUGCC